AUGGAGGCACGACACGCCGUCCAAAGCGCCCUGCGCACAGCGACGUCCUCGACGCGAGUGACAGCGGCUCUCCUCGCCAUGAGGAGGACCACGCCGGCGGCAUCGUCAAUCGUUCGCCAGCAAUCCUCUACCGCCGCAACGUCCAACUCGGCAGCACCCACCAACAAAUCCACCUCGCAAACGACGGCGCGGGCGGCAUCCCAGACGUGGCCCGUCCCCGGUCCUGAAAAGUCGUCUACCCGCUUCGAUGCCCGCAGCCCGAUGAACUGGAUCCGGCCGGGAUCCUCCAUCGGCGGCCGCAGCGGCAACGCCAAUUCCGACACCAAAUCUACACUGAACCGGCUCGGCUUCCAAAAUUUCAAGCAUGCCACCUCUCGCUCGUCCCCCGUCGGAGACGCCUUUGCGAACGAGGCCAAAAGCGCCAUGGCCAACCUCCCAGCGCCCCAGAACUUCGACUUGAACAGCUUCCUAAAGCAUCAUCGCAUGCGUGCCGCGGCACGGGAAUGGAACAAGCGCCUCCGACCCGUCCUGGGCAGGACGGUUCCCACCACCAACAACGUCGACGCCGCCAAGGCGUUCCAGCUGCUGCAGCUUCUGGUGAGGAGGAACAACGUUGCCGGCGAUUUCCAUCGCCAGCGUUUCCACGAGAGAGGUGGUCUGAAGAGGAAGAGACUCAAGAGCCAGCGGUGGAGGGCCAGGUUCAAGACGAGCUUUGUCGCUACUGUUAAGCGGGUUCAGCAAUUGGUCAAGCAGGGUUGGUAG